AUGUCGCAGCAGUACUACGGAGAUUCGCAAUGGCCCGGCACGGGUCCAUCGCAGUCAACUUGGGAUCAUCAGACCCCUCCGCCACCCCCGGCGCGAUCUGGCACCAACUCCACGAACCCGCCCCAGGUCGAAUCGAUCGCCUUCUCCUACCAAAUUGAGGAGGUCGAACGAGCCAUCGAUAAUUUGAUCAAGAGCGGGAAGAUGUACGGUCAGCAGGGUCGACAUGGUCGAGUUGCAUCUGGGCAUGGUCCGCGACCGCAUUCCUUGGAGUUUGGCGACCCGCGCGCCGGCCAUCCUGGUCCCAACCUGCAGAACUUCUAUGCUGCGCAACGACACCAGCCUUCGCGCGGCUCCAACGAGGCGGAGCAGAUGAUGCAGGCCAAGCGGAGGAUGGCGGCUCAACGGGAGCGUGAUCUUCGCAACUAUCAUCAAGAGCAGCAAUAUAACCGAAAUGUACUUGGUGAUCUGUCUUACAACAGCAAGCCUGAUCGCGCUCUGAGCCCCGGCAGUAUGUCCGAAGACGAACGCCGCGACUUGAUUGCACGCCAGCGUAGCGCACUUUUCGGCGGCGACGGUAAUUAUUCGGACGAGUCCAGCGUCGGCCGACCUGGAGUCGGGGUCUCUGGUUUGCCAACCAGUACUUCCGGUCACCGCGGUCCUUCUCCCAUGGCCUACGAUUUCGGGCGGCCAAACGCGCCUAAUGUUCCUGAAGGCGCUUCGCAGUCUGCCGAGACUCAGGGCCUAUCCCGUGCUAACAGCAACGCCAGCCCCCAGUCGAACCCCCCGACUAACAUUGGUAUUUUUGACAGCGCUGUUGGCCAGCAGGCUAGCCGCACCAGCAACUCGUCUCCGACUGGUGGCUCUCCUCCUCGAGUGGGAGGUGCCUCCAAGUCAAUUCAAGGCGGAAGUGCAGUAGCCCCUAUCGGCACGCGUCCAUCGGCAAGCUCGCAGGCACCCAACCCAGCGCUCAACAAGCGCUCGACAACCCCCCUCCCGUCUCCUUUAAGUCACGGCUUUUCCGCUUCGGGUAAUGGCGAGGAUGCGAGCCAGGGCGUUUCGACCACCGGAGCUCCUUCUAACCCGCCCAGUGCCGCGGCGGACGGAUACAACGGAUGGGGCAGCCGUUCAGGUGUCUGGGGAAAUAAGUCAAACUUGGGAGUUCAGGCGAGCGUUUGGGGUUAG